CACAUCUAUAUCAAAAUCAAAAAUAAAAAUAAUGUAAAGGACUGCAAAUUCAAAAUAAACCCCAACAGGAAGACCACAAGCUUAGCCUACCACUAACACUCAAUAAGCAAGAGCACCUCCACAAAUGAUUCAAAAUAUGGCCAGAGUAACAGAUCCCAAACAUGUACCCAAAGAAAUUAGAGAUUAAUUCUUAAAAAAAAUCCAUUUUUGUUCAUAACCAUACGAUUUUAAUGAUGACACAAAAAAUGUCAAAGAGAAAUAGGAACGUUCAUAAUACUUACAAGAAUUAUUUGAUUUAUUAAAAGAACCUAAUUUUGUUGCCAAUUUGGUUGUCCCACAUUUAGAUUUGAUCAUAGAAAUGAUUGAAAAGAAUAUUUUUAGGCCAUUGCCAAUUUUAAAGAAAACAGCAACCAAUGGAGAGAUUGGCAUGGAGGAUGAUGAUUAACUCAUAGACCCAGCUUGGACACAUUUACAACCUGUCUAUGAAUAUUUCUUAUAAUUAAUUGUUAAUGAAUAGCCUGAUGUUAAAUCCCUCAAAAUUUUCAUUACUCACUCUUUUAUUUAAGAAUUCCUUGAAUUGUUCGAUUCAGAAGAACCCAGAGAAAGAGAAUACCUUAAAAAUAUUUUGCAUAGGCUCUAUGCUAAAUUGGUCCCCAGAAGAAAAAUGAUUAGAAAAGCAAUAAAUGAUUGCUUCUACACUUUAAUCCAUGAAACCUACAAAUUUAAUGGUGCAGCCGAACUCCUAGAUAUCUUGGCAAGUAUCAUUAGUGGAUUUGCUGUCCCAUUAAGAGAAGAACAUGUUAUAUUCUUUAAAACUGUCAUUAUCCCUCUCCAUAAAGUUUAAACUUGUUAGUUUUAUCAUGAAUAAUUAUUGAGAUGUUCCAUGCUCUUUUUAUCAAAAGAUCCAACUUUAGCAACUUUCUUAGUUGAAGGACUCUUAAGAUAUUGGCCAUUUGCUAAUUCAGCCAAAGAAGUUAUGUUUCUUAAUGAACUCUUAGAAGUGUUGGAAGUCUGUGAAAUAUCAAAAUUAGAACCUUUGAUUCCAAAACUGUUCAAAAGGUUAAUUAAAUGUAUUGCAGGACCACACCUAUAAGUGGCUGACAGAGCUAUGUGUUUCUUUGAAAAUGAUUAUUUCCUCACUAUUCUGAAGAGUUAUAAGCCAUUCACCUUUCCCCUUUUAGUUCCAGUCAUUGCUCAAAUAGCAGACACUCAUUGGCAUAAGGUUUUACAAGAAUCUUUGAAUGCUUUAAAGACAAUACUUAAAGAAAUUGAUUAUCAAGCAUUUGAUAAAGCCUUGAAUAAUAAGGAUCCAAAAUAUUUGUACAUCAUCCAAGAUGCCAAGAAUCAAAAGAAAGACAGAUAAAAGAUUGAAGAAAAGUGGAAAAACCUAACCAAAUAGGCAUUAUAAAAAAAUCCCAAUUUUAAAGAACCUAUCGUGCCCUAUUCAGAUACUCAUAUCGUUGGAGAACACAAUGGCCUAAACAAUGGAAAUAUUACAAUAAUAUGAUUUAAAUAAUCAAAUUCCAAGAAUUAUUAUCAAUAAAUAUGUCAAA